GAUCAAUUGUCGUUCCUUCAGAAUCACAAGAUUUUCUGUCCUACAUUCAUUCGACGUUUCCUAGGCGUUGUCGAGUAGAAAAUCUCAAUUUUAGUUUUCAUCUGCUGUCCGUGCAUUUCGCCCAACUGCAGCCAUGGCUUUAAGCGACUCCGAUGUUCAGAAACAGAUCAAGCACAUGAUGGCUUUCAUUGAGCAAGAGGCCAAUGAAAAAGCUGAGGAAAUUGAUGCCAAAGCUGAGGAGGAGUUCAACAUUGAAAAGGGACGUUUGGUCCAGCAACAGAGGUUGAAGAUCAUGGAAUACUAUGAGAAGAGGGAGAAGCAAGUGGAGCUUCAAAAGAAAAUUCAAUCCUCCAACAUGUUGAACCAAGCCCGUUUGAAGGUGCUCAAGGUACGUGAGGAUCAUGUUCGCAAUGUCCUUGAUGAGGCCCGCAAGCGUCUUGGCCAGGUCACCAGCAACCAUUCCAAGUACCAAGAAAUCAUCAAGACUUUGAUCCUCCAAGGCCUCUACCAACUCUUCGAGACCAACGUGCUCGUCAGGUGCAGGGCUCAGGACAAGGACUUGGUUGAAGGUUGUUUUGAUGAUGUCGCGAGUCUGUACAAGACCGCCGUCGGCAAGGAAGUCAACCUGAAGAUCGACACCGAGAAUCCGCUCGGCGCCAACACCACCGGAGGCAUCGAAUUGCUCGCACAGCGUGGAAAGAUCAAGAUCGACAACACUUUGGAAGCCCGUCUGGAACUGAUCGCCCAGCAGCUGGUGCCCGAAAUCCGUACCGCCCUCUUCGGACGUAACGUCAACCGCAAAUUCACCGAUUAAAGUAUUUAAUAUUUAAAUCUUUAACACAGACAGUUCAAUAAUUAUAAUUAUGCAGACAUCAUAAUUCUCUCCUGUGUAUAUUGUAUUUGUAAAUAUCAGUUUUGUUGUUGUUGAAAAAAAAAAUAUGAUGAUGAAAGUAAUAACUGUUGUACAUGCUAUGUACUAAUUUAAUUCCAAUUCCAUUAUUCUUAGUCGUUUAGGAUUUGCCUAGUUUUUAAGUGAACGUUACAAAAAAAAAACAAACACGUACUAGAUACACUUUUGGUUAGUAGCAAUCAAAUUCACUGUAUUUUCGUUUAGGUGGCGGUGAAAUUCACCGCCCCCACAGAAACGAAUGCUAUCCAUAUUGUAUGUAAAAUAAAUAUAUUUAAAACCAGA